GAAGCGAGUAUACGAGUGUGUGAGAAAGUUUUGCUUUGAACCAAAGUGGCUAGAAAUUUAAUUUUAUCGCUGAAUUUUAAGUGCGGUUUGGCGCGUCUAUUAAAGCGCAAUAUUUGGCCAAAACAUUUCAGUUUAGUGAAACGCACGAAACAUUUCGGGUUGCUUGAUUCGUACGCGGCUAAGAGAUAGUGUAAAUAGAAAAAAAAAGUUAUAUUAGCAAUAAAUUUAUAGAGCUCAUAAAAAUGGUUAUCAAAAAUCCAAACAAUAUUUUCGUGCCAGAUUAUUUGAAUGAGGAGUUUUUCGUGGCCGCGCUUGAGGAGGGUUUACGCGAAAUCAAGCUAACGGUUAAUGAAGUGACCUUCGAAUGGGGCAGCAAUCCCGGUGAUAAUUAUUGCUCGCGCAUCUAUCGCGUUUUGGUCUCCUAUGAGCGCCUAGUUGAGGAUGAGGAGCAGCCGGUGCAAGAGCAGCGGUCGCUAAUUGUCAAAACCAUACCGGUCACGAAAGACACACGUUUCCUCGAGGACGUCGGUGUAUUCCUUAAGGAGAAAUUGACCUACUUGGAUGUCUUGCCACGAUUGGAAAUACUUGUUGGUGGUUCGAGAUUCAGUGCCUCCUGUUAUUAUGCAAUCAAAGCACCCACUCGCACCAUUGUGCUUACUGAUUUGAAACCCGAUGGCUUUGCAGUUGCAUCGCGACAGGAACAACUCGAUUGGGAUCAUUCUGAAUUGAUCCUUCAACAAACGGGACGCCUGCAUGCCACUUCAAUGGUUUUGGCCCAGCGAGAUCCCGACAUUACCAAACGAAUUGUCAACGGUAUGCUGUGCAAACAGACUAUCUUAAAGAGUGAUACCUAUCUGAAUAUGUUCGGUGGUACCCUGAAACAUUUGGCCAAUAACGCAGCCGAGUGGCCUGGUUUUGAAAAAAUCGCACAAAAAUUGCACCAUUUCCACGAUAAUUUCAAGUCCAUAUGCGCACACUUGGCAGACCAACGUGAAGGUGAUCGUAUUGUUGUAAUGAACCAUGGUGAUCUCUGGACAACAAAUUUCAUGUACGCCUAUGAUGAUCCCAAGCAACCCGAGAAGCCUACGCGCGCUAUUUUCGUGGACUUCCAACUUAAUUUCUACGGCAGCCCUGGUUGCGAUCUCAACUUCUUCCUGAACACAAGUGUUCGUUUGAAUUUGCUGAAGGAAAGACGAGACGAUCUCAUAAAUGUGUAUUAUAAAACAUUCAAGGAGACACUGGAAUUCUUACAUUACGACAGUAUACCGACUUUGGAAGAUCUUAAGUACGAGUUGCGCUCUCGUGAACUUUAUGGUCUUUUCGGUUUGUUCGGUUUUCUGCCCAUAGUUACCAUGCCAAAAGAAUUAUCUGAAGAUAACAGUAUUGACAAUUUUAUGGAUGAGGAAUUCGCACGUUCAAAAUUCAAAAAAAUAUUUGCACAGGAACGUCUGCAAGCUCAGCUAAAAUAUGGACUGAAGCGCUUGGAUGAUUUGGGUGUGUUGGACGAAUUUUAGUUUCUAUAAAAUAUUUCGUAGAAAAAAAUGCAUGCUGCUGAGGAUGUAAAUAUGUAUAUAUUAAUGUAGAAUAUAGAGAGUUUAGUUAAAAUUUUAGUCGUGACGAAAAUAAAGAAUUGUGUAUGAAAGAUCAA